GGACGCUAAAAGCCUGCCCCUCCUGCUCGGCUGACCGGUUGCAACCAUUCGGAUCCAGACAGGGAAAGCAUGGGACGGGCAGAAAAUGGAUGGGUCACUUUGAAAGUUUCCGACUCCUCCAGUCUCGCUGCAAUCCCUCAAUGUCAAAUGAUGGCUUAUUUCCGUUAGAGUCCUUCCCAGAUAUGUAAGUCAACGCUGCUGCUGUUGUGCUCUCCGUUUGCUCUCUGCAUCUCUGCUUUGGUGCCGCCUUGAAAAUUGUAACACAUUCAACACCGUCGGCGUCGUCAUCGUCGUAACUGUUAGACAUCGGCAUUGCAGCUCCACUGGGCAUCGCAAAGUGCAGCAAUUACAUUUUUCUUUGUGCAACACAUCUGUCUGGUAUCAAUCUGCCGAUCCCAGAACCUCUUGGCCUGGGCCGUGCUGCACACCACUCCGAGCCUCUGACGAGGCUUCGGCCUGCACUGCUCAGCCAUGACGGAGCCAUCGCAUGAAAAGCAACAUGAGGCUGGCGCAUCAGACCCUCUGCAACCCUCGCCUCUCCGGCAUUCAAACGAUGCAUCGAUUCCCGAGAUCUCAGAGAAGUCGGCGGCGCAGGGCCAGUUCCGAACGGAGGAUGGCGAUGCUUCGGGGGACAGAAUAGCCGAGCACGGCGGCGGGGAUGACGACCGUCCUGGCUUGAAUCGCAUGAUAACCACGGCUACCACGACCAGUGUGACCAGCACCGUGGCAACAGCGAGACUGCCGGAGCAGAAGCCAUGGUACAAGCAGCCAAACCCCUUACGAUGGGGCAAGGUCCCCCACCGGCUCGUCUUCCACUGGAUGGCUCCGCUGAUGAGCACCGGCUACAAACGGCCGCUCGAGUUCAACGACAUCUACAGCGUCAACCCGGAUCGCGCCGUCGAUCCCCUGACCGACAAGAUGCGGGGUUCCUUCAAGCGCCGCGUUGCCGCAGGCGAGAAGUACCCGCUACUCUGGGCCAUCAACGAGACCUUCUUCUGGGAAUUCUGGCUGGGUGGCUUCUGCUCCUUGGUAUCUGCCGUUCUGCAGGUCAUGUCCCCGUUCACGCUGCGCUACCUGAUCCAGUUUGCAACCGACGCCUACAUUGCACGUGUCCGCGGAGGCCCAGCACCACAUAUCGGGGAAGGCAUCGGCCUAGUGCUGGGUGUGACGGCCAUGCAAGUAUGCCAAAGCCUGGCUACGAACCACUUUAUCUAUCGCGGGAUGGUCAUAGGCGGUAUGUCGAGGGGCUCUUUGAUCAGUUUGAUCUACGAGAAGUCCAUGGUGAUCUCCGGCCGUGCCAAGGCCGGAGGUGCUGAGCUCCCGGACAUCCCAGCAGCGAAGGCCGUCAAAGGAGCGGCCAGGGACAAUAAGGCUGAGGAGAAGAAAGGGUCGGCGGGAAACCGACCGGGCGUCUCCGGGGACGGCGUCGGCUGGGGCAACGGAAGAAUCGUCAACCUGAUGAGCGUUGAUACGUACAGAAUCGAUCAAGCAUUCGGUCUGUUUCAUAUCAUAUGGACGGCUCCCGUUUCUCUCGUUAUCACUCUCGCCCUGCUCCUCGUCAACCUGACCUACAGUGCGCUCGCCGGCUUCGCCCUCCUGGUGAUCGGCAUGCCACUGCUCUCCGCGGCCGUCAAACGCCUCUUUGUUCGCAGGAAGGUCAUCAACAAGAUCACAGAUCAGAGAGUGAGCCUUACACAGGAGAUUUUGCAGUCGAUUCGCUUUGUCAAGUUCUUUGGCUGGGAAAACUCCUUCCUCGAACGCUUGGACGAGUUCCGGAAGCGCGAGAUCUCGGCUAUCCAGGUCGUUCUGUCCAUCCGCAACCUGAUCAUGGCUAUCGGCCUGUCCCUGCCCAUCUUUGCCUCCAUGCUCUCGUUCAUUACCUACUCGCUGACCCAUCACAACCUCGCGCCGGCCGAGGUGUUCUCUUCCUUGGCCCUCUUCAACGGCUUGAGAAUGCCGCUCAAUAUGCUUCCCCUCGUCAUCGGCCAGGUUACGGAUGCGUGGUCGUCACUGUCGCGUAUCCAGGAGUAUCUCUUGGCCGAGGAGCGCGAGGAGGAGGCCGUGUACAAGGCGGACGCCCCGAACGCGGUCGAGAUGCACAAUGCUUCGUUUACCUGGGAGCGGACACCGACGCAGGACCCGGAAGGGACGGUUGCUGGGCCGACAAAAGGGAAGAAGGGAAAGGCUUCGAAGCCGAAGCCGGAAACCCACGAUAGCUCGGCAGCGGAUUCCAGCGAAGAGGCUAGCACCCUGGUCGAAGAGCGCGAGCCGUUCAAGCUCGAGGACCUGAGCUUCGAACUUGGCAGAAACGAGCUGGUUGCCGUCAUCGGCACGGUCGGAAGCGGCAAGACGUCCCUGCUCGCCGCCUUGGCUGGCGACAUGCGCAAGACAAAUGGCGAGGUGGUCUUGGGCGCCUCGAGAGCCUUUUGUCCGCAGUACGCCUGGAUUCAGAACGCGACGGUGCGACAGAAUAUUCUCUUCGGAAAGGAGAUGGACAGGGAUUGGUAUGCCGAGGUCAUCAAAGCAUGUGCCCUACAGCCGGAUCUGGACAUGCUGCCCAACAACGAUAUGACAGAAAUUGGCGAAAGGGGCAUUACCAUAUCCGGGGGCCAAAAACAGAGACUGAACAUCGCUCGAGCGAUUUACUUCGACGCUGACAUCGUUCUUAUGGACGACCCCCUGAGCGCCGUCGAUGCGCACGUCGGGCGUCACAUCUUUGACAAUGCCAUUCUCGGCCUGCUCAAGGACAAGUGCCGCGUAUUGGCGACCCAUCAGCUCUGGGUCUUGAGUCGCUGCGAUCGGAUCAUCUGGAUGGAAGGUGGCAAGAUCCAAGCCAUCGACACGUUUGACAACCUCAUGAAGAACUCGGAGGGUUUCCAGCAACUCAUGGAGACGACGGCCGUCGAGGAGAAGAAGGACGAGGCGCUAACGACCACGUUGGUGGGAAACGACGGCCUGGCUGAGAAGAACAAGAAGAAGAAAAAGAAGAAUGAAGGCGGCCUGAUGCAACAGGAAGAGAGAGCCGUCUCUAGCGUUCCUUGGUCGGUGUACGCUUCGUAUGUCAGGGCGUCAGGUUCGAUACUCAACGCCCCGCUCGUCCUUGGGCUGUUGAUCCUGUCUCAAGGAGCCAACAUCGUGACCAGUCUGUGGUUGUCAUGGUGGACCUCGGACAACUUCGGGUAUUCCAUGGGAACAUAUAUGGGUGUCUAUGCUGGCCUUGGAGCGACCCAGGCCAUCAUGAUGUUCUCCUUCAUGGUCUCGCUCUCCAUCUUCGGUACCACGGCUAGCAAGGGGAUGCUGCGACAGGCCAUCACCAGGGUGCUGCGAGCCCCCAUGUCCUUCUUCGACACGACGCCUCUCGGCCGCAUCACGAACCGCUUCAGCCGCGACGUUGAUGUAAUGGACAACAACCUUACAGACGCGAUGCGCAUGUACUUCUUCAGCGUUGGCUCUAUCAUCGCGGUGUUUGCCCUCAUCAUCGCCUAUUUCUACUAUUUCGCCAUCGCGCUGGUGCCCUUGUUCAUCAUCUUCAUCCUGGCCACGAGCUAUUAUCGCGCCUCGGCGCGCGAGGUCAAGCGUAUAGAAUCACUCCUCCGAUCCGGAAUGUUUGCCAAGUUCUCCGAAGGCCUGUCUGGCAUCGCCUGCAUCCGAGCCUACGGGCUGCAAGACCGCUUCGUAGCCGACAUCCGCAAGGCAAUCGACGACAUGGACUCGGCCUACUUCCUCACCUAUUCUAACCAAAGGUGGCUGUCGAUCCGGCUGGAUAUGAUCGGCAACUGUCUUGUGUUUACGACCGGCAUCCUGGUGGUGACGUCGCGCUUCUCGGUCAACCCUUCGAUUGGCGGCCUGGUUCUAUCGUACAUCCUUUCCAUUGUGCAGAUGAUCCAGUUCACCGUCCGCCAGCUGGCCGAGGUCGAGAACGGCAUGAACUCGGUCGAACGCCUCCAGUACUACGGAACGCAGCUCGAGGAGGAAGCGCCCCUGAAGACGAUUGAGGUCCGCAAAACCUGGCCCGAGAAGGGCGAGAUCGUCUUCGACAACGUCGAGAUGCGGUACAGAGCGGGGCUUCCGCUGGUGUUGCAGGGCCUCAGCAUGCAUAUCCGCGGCGGAGAGCGUAUCGGCAUUGUCGGACGCACCGGCGCCGGCAAGAGCUCCAUCAUGUCGACCCUGUUCCGACUGGUCGAGCUCUCGGGGGGUCACAUCACCAUUGACGGCGUCGACAUCUCGACCAUCGGCCUGCAGGACCUGCGCUCGCGCCUCGCCAUCAUCCCGCAGGAUCCCACCCUCUUCCGCGGCACCGUGCGCAGCAACCUGGACCCCUUCGGCGAGCACAACGACCUCGAGCUGUGGUCCGCCCUGCGACAAGCCGGGCUCGUCCCCGCCGACACCGGGCCGACCACCGCAUUGCAGGCAGCCGAUAGCAACAACACGAAAGACACGGGCCGCAUCCAACUCGACUCGGUCGUUGAGGAAGAUGGCCUCAACUUCUCGCUGGGCCAGCGCCAGCUGAUGGCGCUCGCGCGCGCCCUCGUGCGUGGCUCGCAGAUCAUCGUCUGCGACGAGGCCACCUCCAGCGUUGACAUGGAGACGGACGACAAGAUCCAGGCCACCAUCGCCAGGGGCUUUCGGGGGAAGACACUACUGUGCAUCGCCCACCGGCUGCGCACCAUCAUUGGCUAUGACAGGAUCUGCGUCAUGGAUAAAGGGCGCAUCGCCGAGAUGGGCCCGCCGCUGGAGCUAUGGAAGAUGGAGGGCGGUAUUUUCAGGGGUAUGUGUGAUCGCAGCGGAAUAAGGGUGGAGGAUAUCCAUGGUGCCAGGGAGGCGCUGGCUGGAUAUGACUAUGAUGGUGGCGAGGGUGAGGGUGAGCUCGGAAGGGGUGUGGUGGAAGAGAAGAAGGGGGAAUGA